AUGGGCUGGCUGAGUGCUUCUGGUACUCUGCUCGGGGUUCAGCUGAUCACAGAGGUGCUUGCUUAUGUAUCUGCAGUUAGCUGGCUGGUGGGCAGUUCCAGGAUGUCCUUGAGUGGGAGGAAUCUGAUCACUGACCAGCAGACUAGUGUAGGCUAUUCGCAUGCCACCGGACCCCCAGACGCGGAGGGGAAUCAGCCCCAUCACUAUUGGCCUUUCGCCACUAGUGACCUCUACAAUUGGAAAGCUCAGAAUCCUAAGUUUUCCGAGAAACCGGCAGGGCUUAUUGAUUUAUUAGACUCUGUUCUUUUUACCCAUCAGCCCACGUGGGAUGAUUGCCAGCAGCUUUUGCAGGUCCUGUUCACGACUGAAGAAAGAGAAAGAAUCCUCAGUGGGGCCCGAAAACUAGUUCCAGGCGCAGACGGGAAUCCCACCACCAACCAGGCUCAGAUAGAUGCCUCCUUCCCCUUAACUCGGCCCCAGUGGGAUUUCAACACGGCAGAAGGUAAGGAGAGGCUCCGGGUCUACCGCCAGACUCUAAUGGGGGGUCUCCGAAUGGCUGCUAGAAAGCCAACCAAUUUGGCCAAGGUAGGAAAUGUACAACAGGGAAAAGAUGAAUCUCCGGCUGCCUUUUUAGAACGGAUCAUGGAGGCAUUCCGCACCUAUACCCCCAUGGAUCCAGAGGCUCCAGAAAGCAAGGCAGCUGUUAUCAUGGCCUUUGUAAACCAAUUGGCCAUAGACAUUAGGAGAAAAUUACAGAAAAUAGAUAGACUAGGAGAAAAAAGUCUGCAGGACUUACUGGUGGUAGCCGAAAAGGUAUAUAAUAACCGGGAGCCUCCUGAGGACAAGCAGGCUCGCGCCAUGGAGACUGCCAGCAGUAAGCAGACUCGAGACCCGGCCAGAAUACUACUAGCUACCACUGCUGACUUCCCCGAGGAACGAGACCGCCGUCUCCAGCAGCUGGCAGACGACACAAGAAAAGGUAAAAGCACCAAGGGGGGGAAGCAGAGGCUGCAGAAGGAUCAGUGCGCAUACUGCAAGGAGAUAGGGCAUUGGGCCCGAGACUGUCCAAAAAGAGCUGGCGGGAAGGGAAGCAAGACUGAUCGAGUAAAAGUCCUAGAGCUGGAUGAACUAAGUGAUUAGGGGAGUCAGGGUUCGGACCCUCUCCCCGAACCCAGGGUAACUCUUAAAGUGGAGGUGACCCCUAUUGACUUCCUUGUCGACACCGGAGCACAACAUUUGGUCCUCCGCACCCCACAAGGAAAACUAGCUAGCAAAAAGUCCUGGGUAAAAGGGGCAACUGGUAUGAGCCAGUAUUCAUGGACUACCCGAAGAACAGUAGAUUUGGGAACGGGCCGGGUAUCCCACUCCUUUAUGGUAAUACCAGAAUGCCCCUACCCGCUGUUAGGACGGGACUUACUGACCAAGAUUGGAGCUCAGAUAACUUUCAGACAAGGGGGGCCUCAGGUCACCGAUGGCAAGGGCCACCCCAUCCAGGUCCUGACCAUGAAACUGGAGGAUGAAUACCUCCUCCACCAGGAGGCGCUCCCGAGAGAGGAUAAUAUAGACAGAUGGCUACGAGAAUUCCCCUCGGUUUGGGCAGAGACAGGGGGGAUGGGACUAGCCACUCAUAGGACCCCAGUCCUGGUAGAGCUCAAGCCAGGAGAGAGUCCAGUAAGGAUCAAACAAUACCCCAUGUCUCAGGAGGCCCGGAAAGGGAUCCAGCCACACAUCCGGAGACUAUGAAGCCUAGGGGUACUA